UGGUGGAUAGAUAGUUGAGUUGACAAUUAUGGGACUCGGUGAAACACCGAUGGGAAGCUUGGGAGAGGAAGAGCUGGCUCAAAUGGUGAGAGAUUUCAUCGAAUCAGAAACAUCCACUCCCAUUUCACUGACAACUUCAACACCUCUUUCUCGCAAUCAUCAAACCACAUGUCUCAUUUUGCAGGAAGUUCUAGGGAAACACACUGAUGAGGAGGCUGAAAUACAUGAAAAGAUAUUAAUGUAUUUGAAAGAUAUAGGAACUGCUGGCCAUCAGACGAACAAUCUCAAGAAGUUGGUAGUAAUGAAACUGAGAAACGAUGGUUACGAAGCUUCUCUUUGCAAAACUUCAUGGGUUUGCACUCCUAGCCAUCACAAAGUUUGCCAAUUUCCAGGUGGGUAUGAGUAUAUUGAUGUUAUGGUGGUGGAAAAUGGUAGACCCAAAAGGGUGAUAGCGGAUAUGGAGUUCAGGUCUCAAUUUGAAUUAGCAAGGCCGACAGUAACCUACGAAGAGAUGAUAAACGAUCUUCCUUUGAUCUUUGUUGGUACCGAAGAGAAGCUUAACAUGAUCAUCCCUUUACUUUGCUCCGCUGCUAAAAGAUCACUCAAAGAGAAUGGUCUCCAUGUCCCUCCCUGGAGAAAACCUGCUUAUAUGCAGUCCAAAUGGCUCUCCAAAAACUGCAAAAAAGUUUCAGUCUCGCCAGAAGACAUUGACUUGGUUGAGGAUCAUAAAACUGAAGAAAAUAGAAGUACAACUACAUGCUGUCCUUCCAUUUUCAGUAGAGGUCAACUCCAAUUUGUCUGAAGCCCUAGAGAGAAGACAAAGAAAAAAUGUGUAAGGGGUUGAUUCUGCCUUGUUUUAACUUUCUCUUCUUUUUCCUUCUGGGCAGAUCAGCCUGUUUUUGUUGAUGGGGUAUCAGUAUUUUGUGCCCCAAAAAAUAUAAUUUAGGGCUUGUUUUGUAGUACUGAGCACACUAAAGUUUUGAUCCUGUAAAUCUAUCACUUCU